AUAUAGCAGCUAUCCAUGCCAUGCCACUGACCAAUAGGCGCAGAUUCCGCAAAUCAUGCCGCAGCCACGUCUCCCGCUGGCCGACUCAUCUCGCUUUAGGCUCGUGCCGCCAUUCGUGGUCGGCAUUGCCGUCGGAGCUUGCAUGAUUCUGCUCCAGCAGUCCCUUUCCUCCCGUCUAGCCGGCACAACCGCCGGCGACUGGCAGAACGAUCACCCGCAGCCGACAUUCCGCCGCUAUCCAUCAUUCUCCUCCGGGAUAAGCGGCGUGAAUCCCGGCGGAGAGGGUACGGAGAGCCGUGGUGGGACUCAUGGCUCGCCUUCCGCACAAGGCGCCAUAAAUUACGGCAGGGGAUCAGGAAAAAGCAGUAGCGCGUACAAUACGAGUUCAGAAGUGGUGGCGGGAAAAGUGAAUGUGCACCUGGUGCCGCACUCUCAUGACGACUUGGGAUGGCUCAGCACGAUAGAGCAGUACUAUAUCUUGGCCGUCCAGUUCAUCCUGGAGACGGUGGUGGAUCAGCUGGAGGCCAAUCCUGACCGUCGAUUCAUCCAAGUGGAGCAGGGCUUCUUCUAUCGCUGGUGGCAGCAGCAGUCACAGGGCAUGCGGCAGCGGGUGCGCACUCUAGUCGACUCGGGGCAACUCGAAUUCGUCAACGGCGGGUGGGUGAUGCACGACGAGGCGGUGUGCCACUACACGGACAUGCUGCACCACAUGUCGCUGGGCCACCGCUUCAUCCGCCAGCACUUCAACGCCACGCCGCGCAUCGCCUGGCAGAUCGACCCCUUCGGCCACUCCGCCACACAAGCCAGCCUCAUCACUGCUCAGGGUGGGCUGGACGCGGUGUUCUUUGCUCGGGCUGACCACGAGGACAUUGCACGGCGCAAGAGGGAGAGGAGCACCGAGUUUGUGUGGCGGGCGUCCAAAACGUUCAGCCAAAAGGCUGAGGUGUUUGCGGGCUUGCUCUAUUGGGAUGGCUACUAUGCACCAGAGCCAUUCAGAUUUGAGCCAGACGACCCUCUCAAGAACCACGUCAAGGACGACCCCUACGAGCCCGAAUCGAACAUCGUUGAGCUGGUGGAAGCGUUUGUGAACAAGUCGCUGACACAGGCGGGUGAUACGCGCAGCGCGCACGUGAUGUGGGCCAUGGGGGAGGACUUCUCGCACGCCAAUGCUGCCCUGUGGUUCAAAAACUUGGACAAGCUGAUUCACUAUGUCAACCUGGACGGCAGAGUGAACGCCCUCUACUCCACGCCAUCUCUCUACCUCGAUGCCAAGCACCGCAGCAACAAGACGUGGCCGCUCAAGGAAGGGGACUUCUUCCCGUACGCCAGCGGACCCAAGGAGUACUGGACUGGGUACUACUCCAGUCGCCCAGCGUUCAAGGGCUAUGCUCGCAUGUGCAGCAGCCUGCUGCUGGCAGCCACCCUACUAGAGGCGUCAGUGGGGAAGGCAAACCUACAAGCCUGGGGAAACCACACAUCACGCCUGGUGGUGCCAAUGCUGCUGUCCACCAACCUGAGCUCCAUACAUGCCUCCACGUUGCCACCCUUCCGGGUUGCGUCCACGUUCCCCCUGGAGGAGGCGGUAGCGGUGGCGCAGCAUCACGACGCCAUCACAGGCACGGCGCGGCAGCACGUGAACGACGACUACACGCUCAGACUGCACAGGGGGUCCCUGGAGCGACUGCUGGAAGUGCAGGAGAGGGUGGUGGUAGCAGUGGAGGCGGUGGUGGUGGCGGUGGUGGUGGCGGUGGCGGUGGCGGUGGAGGCGGUGGUGGCGGUGGUGGUGGCGGUGGCAGUGGCUGUGGUGGUGGCGGUGGCGGUGGCGGUGGCGGUGGCGGUGGCGGUGGCGGUGGCGGUGGCACAGCACCAAGACGCCAUCACAGUGGCAUCAGCGCUCUCUCACCUCAUCACUCAGGGAGCUCUGGACCUCAGAUCCAGCCCUCCCAGCACCACACCUGCUGCCCCUGCUGCGCCUGAGUCCCCCGGUGAUGCUGAGGCACCCGAUAACGAGGCAGGCGAAGCAGGAAGUGGAGGCAAAGAAGAGGCUUUAAGGCUCGGACUUGACUUCCAGUUGUGCCCCCUUCUCAACAUUUCCUACUGCCCGCCCACACACGAGCCCAUUCCCAAGGGCACCACUCUGGUCAUCGCUGCUUACAACCCCCUUGGCUGGGCUCGGAAUGAAAUCAUCCGCAUUCCUGUCUCCUCUCCGUCCGUCAUUGUAACCGACGCCCAUGGCAACAUUGUUCCUUCGCAAUCCAUUCCCGAGGUCCUGGUUCCCUGGGAAACCCGAUCCCGGUACAUCAGAGUGCAGGUAGGGGAGGAGGCGUGGACGGGGGUAGAGGAGGCGAGACGUGGAAGGGAAGCGAGAGAGGAGGAGGAGGUGAGUGUUGGAAGGUCAGAGGCGGAGGAAGAGGAGGGUGUGAGCCAGCAGCAGCAGCAACAGCAACAGCAACAGCAGCAACAGCAGCAGCAACAGCAACAGCAACAGCAGCAGAAGAAGAAGCAGAACGAUAAGGAGAUCCGACAACAAACCCAGCAGCAGCAGCAGCAGCAGCAGCAGCAGGAGCGGAGGGUGCAGCAAGCAGGAGUGGUGUCAGUAGUGUUUCGUGCCGUGGUCCCUCCUCUCGGCUACUCCACCUUCUUCCUCACCUCAGCGCCGCCAGACAGCCCCGGUGCUGCUGAGACCAGCACGGAGUGGCAGGCGAAGGGGGUCGAUGGUGAUGUGAUCGUGCUGGGAGGCUGGGAUGGUGCUGCUGGCGCUGGUGCUGCUGCUGGUAAUGCUGAUGGCGCUGGUGCUGCUGGUGAUGAGAAGGGAGGUGCUGACUCUGGGAGUCUACCAAGCGCACUGCGGGUGGAGUUUUCCAAGGCAGGAUACGGGAUGAGCCGAAUGCAGCUGCUGGGGCGAAACCAGCAAGGAGAAGAAACACUGCUUUCAGACAAGCAAGUGGGCACAGGCAUGGGUGUCUACACCUCAAACACAGCAGCAGGAGCAUACAUCUUCAACCCGCCACAUGGAGCCACGUCUGCUCAGAGCAUGAGGCAGCAGGCAAGCGAUGUGCCAAUCCGUGUGAUGCGAGGGCCACUAGUGCAGGAGUUUCAUCGCACGCUGGCACCCUGGCUGUCCGAGGUUGUUCGAGUGUAUCCGGGACAAGACUUUGCAGAGAUUCAUUACAUGGUGGGCCCAGUGCCCAGGAAGCCCAAUGUGGGGCGGGAGGUGGUGACUCGCUUCGCCUCCUCUAUUGCCAGUGCAGGCGCCAUCUUCACUGACUCCAAUGGCCGGGACUACCUCCGACGGGUGCGCAACCAUCGCUCCGAUUGGAAUCUCACGGUCUACCAGCCAAUCGCAGGCAACUUCUACCCUCUCACCGCAGGAGCAUUCAUAUCGGACCAGCACGCGCAGCUCUCUCUGCUUGUGGACCGGCCCUUGGGUGCGGCCAGCCUGGCAGACGGGCAGGUGGAGGUGAUGCUGCACCGGUGAGCUGUCAUGUCUGGAUUGUGAUGUCUGGAUUGUGAUGUCUGGAUUGUGAUGUCAGGAUUGUGAUGUCUGGAUUGUGAUGUCUGGAUUGUGAUGUCUGGAUUGUGAUGUCUGGAUUGUGAUGUCUGGAUUGUGAUGUCUGGAUUGUGAUGUCUGGAUUGUGAUGUCCGGAUUGUGAUGUCCGGAUUGUGAUGUCCGGAUUGUGAUGUUUGGAUUGUGAUGUCCGGAUUGUGAUGUCCGGAUUGUGAUGUUUGGAUUGUGAUGUCCGGAUUGUGAUGUCCGGAUUGUGAUGUCCGGAUGGUGAUGUCUGGAUUGUGAUGUUUGGAUUGUGAUGUUUGGAUUGUGAUGUUUGGAUUGUGAUGUUCGGAUUGUGAUGUCUGGAUUGUGAUGUUUGGAUUGUGAUGUUUGGAUUGUGAUGUUUGGAUUGUGAUGUUUGGAUUGUGAUGUUUGGAUUGUGAUGUUUGGAUUGUGAUGUUUGGAUUGUGAUGUCCGGAUUGUGAUGUCUGGAUUGUGAUGUUUGGAUUGUGAUGUUUGGAUUGUGAUGUCUGGAUUGUGAUGUUUGGAUUGUGAUGUUUGGAUUGUGAUGUUUGGAUUGUGAUGUUUGGAUUGUGAUGUUUGGAUUGUGAUGUUUGGAUUGUGAUGUCUGGAUUGUGAUGUUUGGAUUGUGAUGUUUGGAUUGUGAUGUUUGGAUUGUGAUGUCUGGAUUGUGAUGUUUGGAUUGUGAUGUUUGGAUUGUGAUGUUUGGAUUGUGAUGUUUGGAUUGUGAUGUUUGGAUUGUGAUGUUUGGAUUGUGAUGUUUGGAUUGUGAUGUUUGGAUUGUGAUGUCUGGAUUGUGAUGUUUGGAUUGUGAUGUUUGGAUUGUGAUGUUUGGAUUGUGAUGUUUGGAUUGUGAUGUUUGGAUUGUGAUGUCUGGAUUGUGAUGUUUGGAUUGUGAUGUUUGGAUUGUGAUGUUUGGAUUGUGAUGUUUGGAUUGUGAUGUUUGGAUUGUGAUGUUUGGAUUGUGAUGUUUGGAUUGUGAUGUUUGGAUUGUGAUGUUUGGAUUGUGAUGUUUGGAUUGUGAUGUUUGGAUUGUGAUGUUUGGAUUGUGAUGUUUGGAUUGUGAUGUUUGGAUUGUGAUGUCCGGAUUGUGAUGUCCGGAUUGUGAUGUCCGGAUUGUGAUGUCUGGAUUGUGAUGUUUGGAUUGUGAUGUUUGGAUUGUGAUGUUUGGAUUGUGAUGUUUGGAUUGUGAUGUUUGGAUUGUGAUGUUUGGAUUGUGAUGUUUGGAUUGUGAUGUUUGGAUUGUGAUGUUUGGAUUGUGAUGUUUGGAUUGUGAUGUUUGGAUUGUGAUGUUUGGAUUGUGAUGUCUGGAUUGUGAUGUUUGGAUUGUGAUGUUUGGAUUGUGAUGUUUUUUUUUUUUUUUUUUUUUUUUUUUUUUUUUUUUUUGAUUGUGAUGUUUGGAUUGUGAUGUUUGGAUUGUGAUGUUUGGAUUGUGAUGUUUGGAUUGUGAUGUUUGGAUUGUGAUGUCUGGAUUGUGAUGUUUGGAUUGUGAUGUUUGGAUUGUGAUGUUUGGAUUGUGAUGUUUGGAUUGUGAUGUUUGGAUUGUGAUGUU